AUGAACUGUAAGCGGAAUGCGGUCUGCAUUGCAAAGAAGAUAAGAUAUCUGGAGCUUCUGUGGUAUGGAUUAGAGAGUAGAUCAGAGAACAAACGCAAUGAAAAACAAGAGCAAAGAGAGUGGCAAAUGAAUGCACUGCCGGUCCUCUCGACCCUUCAGAGAACUAAUCACACGGAAAGUCAGACUCAUGUGACAAAUGAGCCGCAAAUUGAUUACUAUCUGUUGGCCAUUCAUGAGGACAGGGAUACGGCUCUCCUAUCGCUUCUAAAAAGUUUCAUUCAAUGCGCGCCUCAAAUGGUUCUUCAAAUCUAUUUAUUAGCAAAAUCUAAACCGGAUUUCAAUUUAUCUAAAGAAUACGUCCAAAUGGCAGCUAUAAUAUCAUCUCUAUUUGAAAUGAGUUGGUCUAUGGCUUCGUAUAACAGAGCGUUGAGGAGAUCGACGCCAAACAAACUGAAUGUCUCCCGAAUGGCAACAAUAACGCACUUCUUGUGGCGCUUUUGCACAAUCGGUUCCAGGGUUUUAGCCAUCGCUCUGUUUACGAGCGAAUAUAGCUAUUGGGUGUGUCCGGUGGCGAUCGGGCACUGGGGCGUUAUGACCAUCUGGAUUAUGCACCAACAGACCAGGUUCUGCGACAGUGAGAGGGGAGACCAGAGACCCUGUCACGAGUACGUGUUCAAUAUGAUUGUGGGCGCCAUUUAUCUGUUCUGCUUCCUCAACGUUAAGGACGAACCGACCCGUUAUAAGUACCUCUCAUUCUACACAAUAGUAUUCAGCGAAAACAUUUCGUUCAUAAUUCUCUGGUAUGUGAGAAGUGAUCCAUUGAAUUGGUAUCACACGCCAGCCUUGGCUACCGUUUUGGGGGCAUUUGGUGUCGGAAUGCUUUUAAUGCUCAUUUACUACUGGUUUCUUCACCCAAACGGUAGACCCCUUUGGGUCAAUCGUGCGGCGCGUUGUUGUUAGUACGGGAUUAUCGGAUUAAUUCCCUUAUUAUCAGUACAAACUGUGCUCAAUAUAUACAUCAUAUAAACAAUGUAUAAAAAGUUAGAAAUAAAACGAAUGAGAAGAAGAAGAAAAACAAAAGAAAAACUCAUUUUGAUGUUAGUCUUCAAAACUAAUGAAUUUGUUUGAGAAGAUAUGUAAACAAAAUACUCGCAUCACUGAUCACAACGUUAUUCACCAUUAUUUGUCUUUUAAGACUAAUUUCGUACACAAAAAUCUCAAAAUCAGAUCUUCUGUGAAAUAAAACACCAAAAAAUCAUUUCUAGUCAUUCUUUAUAAGCAUUUCGUUGUUUAAAUAUAUUUUUCAUUUUUUCGAAAUACAUUUCAUCGAAGC